AGCUGGGAUGCGCGGCUGGGGCGGGAGCGGCGCUCCGGGCUCUGCCUGCAGGUCUCGUGCUGUUCCGCGGGUAGCCAGCCUCCCUGCCGUCGGGAGCCCGCCCGAGGUACUCGGGGCAAGGGGUUCCGCGGGAUCCUAGCUCGGAGGUGGCUUCGCUCUCCGGCUGGUGCACGCCUCUCAGAGGCCGCCGCCUUCACAGCCGGGGAGUGAAGAAAAGACUUUGCACUGGUCCUUCCUGUGCGGGGAUCCUUGGGCUUCUACCGUUGCACACUCUCUUGUGUCCUCCCAGAUCUAGAAGGCUCCAUAUGCCAAGCUAGGGUGCAGCUCUGUUGGGUUGCCCGGUCAAGUCAGUUACCCAUACUGCUCAGAACUCGGGCCUCACAGACCUCUACCCAAACUACAGACCCCCAUCCUGCCUCCUGGUUCUCUGACUUCACACCCACACACCACUUCCCCAGGUCCCUGACACUUGGCAGAUGUUAACACCAUGAGCUUUGUGGCAUACGAGGAGCUGAUCAAAGAAGGCGACACAGCCAUCCUGUCAUUGGGCCAUGGCUCGAUGAUGGCAGUGCGCGUGCAGCGUGGGGCACAGACCCAGACCCGGCAUGGCGUCCUGCGGCACUCAGUUGACCUCAUUGGCCGCCCAUUUGGCUCCAAGGUGAUCUGCAGCAGAGGCGGCUGGGUGUAUGUACUUCACCCCACUCCUGAGCUCUGGACAGUGAACUUGCCCCACCGCACACAGAUCCUCUACUCCACCGAUAUUGCCUUACUCACCAUGAUGCUGGAGCUGCGACCCGGUUCUGUGGUCUGUGAAUCAGGCACGGGCAGCGGGUCUGUCUCCCAUGCCAUCAUCCGCAGCAUCGCCCCCACUGGCCACCUCCACACGGUGGAGUUCCACCAGCAGCGGGCAGACAAGGCCCGGGAGGAGUUCCAGGAGCAUCGGGUGAGCCAGUGGGUGACUGUGCACACCCAGGAUGUGUGCCGCAGUGGCUUUGGUGUGAUCCACGUGGCUGAUGCUGUCUUCCUGGACAUCCCAUCACCCUGGGAAGCUGUGGGCCAUGCCUGGGAUGCCCUCAAGGUUGAAGGUGGACGCUUCUGCUCCUUCUCUCCGUGCAUUGAGCAGGUGCAGCGCACGUGCCAGGCGCUGGCAGCCCGUGGCUUCACGGAGCUCAGCACCCUGGAGGUGCUGCCGCAGGUCUACAAUGUACGCACCGUCAGUCUGCCCUCGCCUGACCUGGGGGCCAGUGACCUGGAGGUCAGCGUGGGCUCCGAUGCCGGCCCCUUCCGCAGCGGCACACCCAUGAAGGAGACCGUAGGGCACACUGGCUACCUGACUUUUGCCACCAAGACUCCAGGCUAGUGGGCCUGGACGGGAGUAUCACAGGCAAGCAAGGAGGCCAGAAGCUGCCUUAUAUGGUCAUCCGCUGCCUGUGGGGCUGGUGUUUAGAAAUAGAUGGCAGGGUGGAGCAGGGGCCUCCUGGGUAGUUGAGGGGGUGAGUAGGCUGGCCUUGUUCAGGAGGGAGGCAGGCAUUCCUAUGCUCUGAGAGGGAAGCCUCCACCCGUCACUGCCCAUCUCAGGCUCUGAUCUGGCUGCUUUUUGUCAACAUGAAGUUCCCCUGCUGUAGGCUCUCCUGGGUGUGGAGACCAAAUGUACAGACUGAGGGCGGAGGAAGCUCUGGGCAUUGCCUGAAGCCUGAGCUGAUCUACACAAUGGACUGUCUCAUCUCUGGUCCAAGGCUCCAGCCACUGGUGGUCUACAGCCAAAAGCUAUGGUUCAGCUAACCCAGAAAGCCUUUAUCUCCUCCGAACUUCUCCAGGGCUGAUGAAGGGACCAGACUGGCCUAGAGAUCCAAGGUGGUGACCCUAUAGCCUUGAGUGCUGUGCAGGCCAUGUGUGAGCACUUGUACCCAGAAUCCCUGUCAUCUAGAAUUAGGCAUCAUCCUGUGGAAGGGGUCCAGUAGGAUAGGACUAUGCCUCCGGUGACCCGUCAAGCCCAUGUUGGAGCAAGGGUCAAAAAGGGGCCGCGGACCUGCUGCACAUGUCACCUUGGGCCUGUUGUCUAUACCUGGUGGAGUCUAUACACUGGGGAGUCUCAGUGCCCGAAUCAUAUUGGCGUGGGGCUGCCUUGCAGCCGCUGCUGAUGCAUGGAACCAGCCAUUGGGAGAAUUGCCCGUGUCAUAUUGGCCCCUGAGGGUACCUAGUGGAGCAAUAAAUGUUUUGUCCUACUGUGCUGGCUGCUGGAGGGGCUGGCUUUCAGUUGUUGUCCAGGCCCACUGGCCCACACUUGGCAUGCCCUGA